GCUGAAGAGGAAAUAAAGGCAGAGCAGGAGGUGGUGGAGGGGAUGGAUAUCUCCACUCGAUCCAAAGAUCCUGGCUCUGCUGAACGCACAGCACAGAAAAGGAAAUUUCCCAGCCCUCCACAUUCCUCUAACGGCCACUCACCACAAGAUGCAUCAACAAGUCCUAUAAAAAAGAAAAAGAAGCCUGGUCUAUUGAACAGUAAUAAUAAAGAACAGGAUGGACGGAAUGAUUUCUAUUGCUGGGUUUGUCAUCGGGAAGGCCAAGUCCUCUGCUGUGAACUCUGUCCUCGGGUUUAUCAUGCUAAGUGUCUGAAACUGACAGCGGAACCAGAGGGGGAUUGGUUUUGCCCAGAAUGUGAGAAAAUCACAGUCGCAGAAUGCAUAGAAACACAGAGUAAAGCAAUGACAAUGCUCACCAUUGAACAGCUAUCGUAUUUACUGAAGUUUGCACUACAGAAAAUGAAACAGCCAGGGACAGAGCCAUUUCAAAAGCCAGUUUCACUGGAUCAACACCCAGAUUAUGCAGAAUAUAUCUUUCAUCCAAUGGACCUUUGUACAUUAGAGAAGAAUGUUAAAAAGAAAAUGUACGGUUGCACUGAAGCAUUUUUGGCUGAUGCCAAAUGGAUUUUGCACAACUGCAUUAUUUACAAUGGGGGAAAUCACAAAUUGACACAAACAGCAAAAGUCAUCAUCAAAAUCUGUGAGCAUGAGAUGAAUGAAAUUGAAGUAUGUCCGGAAUGUUAUUUAGCUGCUUGCCAAAAACGAGAAAAUUGGUUUUGUGAGCCUUGUAGCAAUCCCCACCCAUUGGUCUGGGCUAAACUCAAAGGCUUUCCAUUCUGGCCUGCUAAAGCACUGAGGGAUAAAGAUGGGCAAGUUGAUGCCCGUUUCUUUGGCCAACACGACAGGGCCUGGGUUCCAAUAAAUAAUUGCUACCUCAUGUCUAAAGAAAUUCCUUUUUCUGUGAAAAAGACGAAAAGCAUCUUCAAUAGUGCAAUGCAAGAAAUGGAGGUUUAUGUUGAUAACAUUCGUAGAAAAUUUGGAGUAUUUAAUUACGCACCUUUCCGGACACCAUAUACCCCCAACAAUCAAUACCAAAUGUUACUGGACCCUGCAAACCCAACUGCUGGAACUGCAAAGACAGACAAACAAGAGAAAAUCAAACUGAACUUUGAUAUGACAGCAUCGCCCAAGAUUCUAAUGAGCAAGUCUAUGCUGAGCAGUAGUACUGGUCGUAGGAUUUCGCUGACGGAUAUGCCACGGUCACCAAUGAGUACAAACUCCUCAGUUCACACUGGAUCUGAUGUUGAACAGGAUGCAGAGAAAAAAGCAACUUCCAGUCAUUUUAGUGCCAGUGAAGAAUCCAUGGACUUUAUUGAGAAAAAUACAGAUCGUAGCAAAGCUGAGAUGGAUCUGAAAGAGCUGAGUGAGUCAGUCCAACAGCAGACCACUCCUGUGCAACUCAUUUCACCCAAGCGACAGAUACGUAGUAGGUUCCAGCUUAAUCUUGACAAGACAAUAGAGAGUUGUAAAGCACAACUUGGAAUAAAUGAAAUAUCUGAAGCUGUUUAUACUGCAGUAGAACACAGUGACUCUGAAGAUUCUGAAAAAUCCGACACCAGUGACAGUGAAUAUAGUGAUGAGGAUCAGAAAUCAAAGAAUGACCAAGAAGAUGGAGAGGACAAGGAAGGUACAAGAAGUGACAAAGAAUCAUUGAGCUUAAAAAAAAAACCUAAGCCCCCAGCACAGAAUGAAGACAAGGAGGAACUUAAAAGCACAAGUCCAGAAGUGGAGAAAACAGAUGACCUGGUCAAAGAAAAGGCAAUUACAGACACUGAAAAAGAAUUUUCUGAAAAGGGGAAAAGUUUACAGCAUCCUGCAAAAGAAAAACUGAAAGGUAAAGAUGAAACAGACUCCCCAACUGUGCAUCUAGGACUGGACUCUGAUUCGGAGAGUGAACUCGUCAUCGAUCUAGGAGAUGAUCAUUGUGGCCGUGAAGGAAGGAAAACCAAGAAAGACUCUAAAGAAACUCCUCCUAAACAAGAUGUUGUAGGUAAAACUCCACCUUCCUCCAGUGCAAGCACGCAGCCUCUACCAGAAACUCCAGUACUUACUCGCUCUGCAGCCCAGACUCCACCAGCUGGUGUGACAGCCACUACUAGUGCUUCUUCUACUGUUAGUGCUCCAUCUGCAGCCACUGGAAGCCCCGUGAAAAAGCAGAGGCCUCUGCUGCCGAAGGAAACAGCCCCUGCUGUGCAGCGAGUGGUGUGGAAUUCGUCAAAUAAAUUUCAGACAUCUUCUCAGAAAUGGCACAUGCAGAAGGUGCAGAGACAGCAGCAGCAGAGCCAGCAGUCUCAGUCACAGCAACCUCAGUCCUCUCAAGGGACAAGAUAUCAGACAAGACAAGCAGUUAAAGCUGUGCAGCAGAAAGAGAUCACCCAGAGCACUUCCACAUCCACUAUAACCUUGGUUACAAGUACUCAACCUAUUUCUAUGGUUACCAGUUCUGGAUCUGCAAGUACACUUUCUUCCUCAGUUAAUACAGACUUGCCAAUUGCAACAGCUUCAGCUGAUGUGGCUGCAGAUAUUGCUAAAUACACUAGCAAAAUGAUGGAUGCUAUCAAAGGAACAAUGACGGAAAUAUAUAAUGAUCUUUCAAAAAAUACUACUGGAAGUACAAUAGCUGAGAUCCGACGUUUGAGGAUUGAGAUAGAAAAACUUCAAUGGUUACAUCAACAGGAACUCUCAGAAAUGAAGCAUAAUCUAGAAUUGACAAUGGCUGAAAUGCGUCAGAGUCUAGAACAAGAACGGGAUCGUUUGAUUGCUGAAGUGAAGAAGCAGCUGGAAUUAGAAAAGCAGCAAGCAGUGGAUGAAACUAAAAAGAAGCAGUGGUGUGCUAACUGCAAGAAAGAGGCCAUUUUUUAUUGCUGUUGGAAUACUAGCUACUGUGACUAUCCCUGCCAACAAGCUCACUGGCCUGAGCACAUGAAAUCUUGCACACAGUCAGCUACUGCAACACAGCAAGAAACAGAUACUGAAAUUAGCACAGAAACAUUAAAUAAAUCAUCCCAGCCCAGUUCAAGUGCGCAGCCUGCACCCACAGAAACAGCCAGCACCCCUAAGGAAAAGGAAGGUUCAGCUGAUAAAAGCAAAGAGAGUGUUACAGACCCAUCAGUGUAGCUUCUGGUCUGGAUCUUUCGAUACAAGUUGCCUUCUGAUAAGCAAUACUGACUGCAGCACUUCCAAGCCCUUCUUGCCUGGGGGUUCAGAGGCCAAGCUCAAGACCUGCAUUCAAAUCAACUUACUUUAUCACAACAGACUGCCACUAGGGUACCACAAUGUUCCAUAACACUGAUACAACAAUUCACCUGGAUCUACAGUUAACGGAGCAG